AUGCUGUGGGCUAUGUAUUGCGAUUCAUGGAGAAUCCUCAAGACAAUCACUGGAUUGCAAUCAAGCGCAUAUUUCGCUAUCUACAAGGCACUAAGACGGAUGGAAUACGCUACAAGCCUGGUGACAAGAUCGACUUUCGUGGAUACUCGGACGCAUACUGGGUUGGCGACAUCGCCGACCGCAAGCCAAGUUUAUACUAUUCGGUGCGCCAGUGAGCUGGGGCAGCAGGAAACAACCAAGUGUGUUUCGCUGUCGAAGAGUGAAGCAGAAUACAUUGAUCUCAGUUUGGCAGUCCAAGAAGGCAAGUGGAUUCAUCGUUUGCCGUGUGAGAUCAUGACAGCUGCCAACAAGGACGGACCCGAGCUGAUGAUCUAUGAAGACAAUCAAUCGUGCAUCAAGAUGACGAAGAAUCCUGUCAACCAUGGCCAUACCAAGCUCAUCGAUAUCAAGUACCAUCACAUCUGUGAUGAUACUUCAUCCGUGAUGAGGUCAAGUGCGGCGAAGUCGAGCUCAAGUAGACUAGUGUGA